GGAAUUUCUUAUUCAUGCUUGGAUUUUGCAUAUUUUCGUACGUUUUUGCAAAUUUUCAUGUUAGCUUUAUUUACGUGAAGGAAUUUUAUUUAAUCUUUUCUUUUAGAAAUUUUGACAAAUGUUCACUUGGAAGAAACCUCAAGAUUUUCACUCUUCGCUUCAGCGGUUUGCAGAUGUUGGUCGUGAUGCUGGUUCAAGAGCAAAACAUUUCAAGUUGAUUUUUGAGAAUCUUACAAUUGAAGAAAAAAGGCAGUUGAUCGAGAGUUUUGGAUUUGAAAUUUAUCAUUUGAUUGAUUCACUUAUGCUUUGCCAUUAUGGACAACUAAUUGAACAACAAACAAUUGCUGAUGUUACUGCUGCAACUUAUACGACCGCGUUAGACAUACUUGAACAAGUUUUACUAAAUGCUCCGGAGUUUGUUGGAAUUGGUUGGCAAAGAAAUGGAAUUGAGUUUAUCUUGAAAAUGGUUCUCCAUCCUCGAAACGAAAUUUCUGUUAGAAAAUUGGCUAUCAGACUUUUCAUUAUUUGGUAUCAAACCUUAGCUGUUUAUGGCCGAACAAAUUAUAAUCUGGAUGUUGUUUUUCAAUGUGUUUUGCCUCACUUUCCUCUUAACAAUGAAUUAAGUACUGAUCGAAUUUUGACUAUGUUUUGUGAGGGUUUUGAACUUAACUCAACAAAUUGUGAAUAUUCAAAUACACUGUUUGAGCCCUACAUUGCCAAAUGUAUUCCCAUCAUGAUUUGUACAUCAAGUGAAGUAGAUCAACAACAGCAACUUUCGACUUACAUCGCAACAUCUACUCGUGAAAAGGCAAAAACACUUCAGAUUUAUCUUGAUAAAUUUCUUGAAUAUAUAAUUCGUGAGACCAUGCGAAUUAAUUGGUCUAAUCCUCUACAACGCUUGGAAUGUGCAAGAUUUUUAUUGGAUCGUAUAAUUACUCUAUAUAUUUAUGAGUUAUUCCCCGUUGCGUCAACUGGAAUUGAUGUGAAUAGCGGUUUGGAGACUACUUUUGCUGAAGAUGUUAAAGAUGACAAACCGCUUCUCGAGACUGCAGAACCUGAAACCAUUGCUAAAUAUUGGCUCAUCCGAUUUUUUGUUCGAAUUGCUGAACCGUUUGAUUCAACCUUGGCUUCGUGUGCUUCUUCCAGCAAUUUGCAAUUAACUUCUGAACGUAGCAAUAGUAAUAAUGUAUCUUCAUCUGGACUUCCACUCUUUAAACAAGCACUUUUUUCUUCACAAAAGGCUAUAAAUGUUUUGCUUACAAUGAUGCGUGAAUCAAUGAGGCUUCCACUUUCAUGCGUUAACGUUAUACAAAAAGUCCUUGCUUUAAUACGUAUUUGGCUAUCACAACCAGAAUUACCCAAUUUUCUUGAUUCAAAGCGUGUAUCCACAGACCACUGGACACAAUUAUUACUUCGGAUGCUUUUUUCUUUUUUCCAUUCGCCAUAUCUUCUCGUCAUCAAUGAUCGUUUGCCAUCUGCAAUUUCUAUUGCCCAUAAUAUACUUAAAAUUGUGAGAGAUUUGGCAAAUCCUUCAGGCAUGCAAAUUGUGCAUGUUUCCAAGUCUGUAUGGCAGGAACUACUUAAAAGAUUAAUCUCCGUCGUGGAUUUAUGUGUUACUAGAUCAGAUGCAUUUGGACAAGCAACAGCCGCAGGCUUCACGCGUACUUUGUUAGGCACUUUGGUCUUUGUUCAAGUACUACGUGAAAUCAGUAUUGAUAACCAUUUAUGGGAUUGUGUGCUUGUUGUAUUUCAAAGUGCUUCUUGGAAAAUUCAGAUUAUUGAACAAUGGUCAAGGAUUACUAUUAAUAUCACCAAAGCAUUGAUUUUAAAUUUAUUUGCGAUAGAUAUAUGUUCUAUCGAUUCUGGUGUCCCACAAAGGGUUAACGAUUCUAUUGAUGAGAUUCCCAACUUUUCUGAAAAUACGAGUUGUAAUAACUUAAAAACAACAAGCGAUAGUAGUAGCACUGACACUUGUCCUUGUGAAGCUGCACUUACUCAAAACAACAGCGGAUUGGCAAUUGUUUGGAUUAGAACAUGGAUGAGGAUUAUUUGUUUAGUGGAUACUUCAAAUUCUGAAUGGAAUCGCUCCCAACAAGUGUUAGCUGUGCAAACUAUUGCCACAUAUGGCCGAGCUGUGGAUAUGCUUAUUCAAGUAGGAGAGGGAGCCCAAUCAAGUAAUGAAGCCAAUCCUCUCAUCCAUUGGUUGGCAAUACAAGUCUUGCGUUGCGCUUUAGACGUGGCGCCGCACGCACUUCCUAUCAUGUUUACCAUUUUGGUAAGUGCACAGCCAUUGCCUCCACUUGUGAGAGUUUUUAUUCUUCAUCGCAUAACGGAAUGUUUACGUACAGAAGUUGCGCCAUUAGCACUUGAACAUAUUCCUUCAAUAAACAGUCUAGAAGAUAUGGCCAUUAUUUCUGCUGAAACAAUUUCAACGUUGCAAAGGCUUAUCAAAAAUCAAGAAUUUUCGGCAAGAGCGAUUAUAAUUUCCCUUCUUGAAACACGUCGUCAAUCACAACAACAACAGCAACUUGACCAAUUCUCCUUGACGCUUUGUGUGAAUGCACUUUCCCUUUUAAUUCUAGAAAGAGCUGAUGUAGUAUUGUUUGAUAGAUUGUUACAUCUUCUGAUUGAUCAUCAAUAUGCUGCACGAGUUUUACCUUUAUUUUGUGCUAAUAUUGCCUCAGUUAUGCGAGUUGGCUUUCAUUCCCAACUUAUUGAUGCCGUUCAAUUGUCUUUGUCUAAGGCUAAAAAUCUGAACAUGUUAAACGAUUUGAAAUGGCAACUUUGUUCAAUUUGUGCUAAAGAAAGCAUUGCUUUACAAUGGAAAGAAACUUUGGCAGAACGAUUUGAAACUGAUAAGGAUAAUUUUUUCGAGGGAUUUGGUCAAUUUCCUCUACCAGGCUUUCAAAUUACUCAAUGGAAUUCCAUCCAAGAAACAGCAACUGAAAAAGAAGAGAGUGAUGAGUGCAAUAUUUACAUGGAAACAAAUUCAUCCAUCCUUAGUUUGGGAAGAGAAGAUCCUCAAAUGCUUUGGUGUAGAACAGCUCUUGGUCGUUAUGCUUAUCAAAUGGAGAUGAUUGAAGAUGAGGAAGAGCUGAAUCUUUCAGCUGAUAAUUGGCUAAACUCAAUUUCGGAUGAAAUGAAUCCUUUGUUCCAAUCAACACAGAGUGCUCGGCAGAAAUCUUCUCUAGUUGAUGAAAUCUUUGAUCCAUUCCAGGAGUUGCCAUUUCCUAUUCCACGCCACUCUUCACAAAUUCCCACAAAUUUAUCGUCCUCAACUUUUGCUCACAAAGCAGAUUUGAUUCCACUAGAUAUUUCUGUACCUGAAAUCCUACAAUUUAUACAAUCAAGCACUCGAUCUCCUGAGGAAGUCACAGCAUUCAAUGGAUAUGAUCAUGCAAAAUCUGACGCAUCAAAAUCAGAAAUAAUUGACCAACUUGGCAAAGACGAUAGCAUUAUUGAUCCAAGUACUGGGGAUGGGAGUAAGUACAACUGCUGGCGAAAAUUUAAUGCUACUUUUGGAUUUUUUGAUUCUGCUAAAGAUUCUCCAUCAAACUUUUACCGAGAGAUUCGACAUUUAGACUCUACCGUCUGUCGAGAAGUGCACAAAGUUGCUGUAAUUUUUGUUGGAGGAGGAAAUGAUUUACAAGAUAAACAAUCAAUUUUAUCAAACAAUACAGGAUCAGAAACUUUUAACAAAUUUUAUGAUGGAUUAGGGUGGCCUGUUCAUAUUGGAUCGUCUGAAUUUUCCGGAUAUAAUGGAGGUCUUCCUAAUGGACAAACAGCAAUUUAUUAUGCGACAGCAAACACAGAGCUUAUUUUUCACGUUUCGACACUUCUGACUGGUGACGCUACUCAACGUUUAAAACACUUAGGAAAUGAUGAGGUACAUGUUGUUUGGUCAGAAAAUACAAAACCUUAUAGACGAGAUAUGAUUGCUACUCGAUUUUGUGAUGUACUAAUUGUAUUAUAUUUAUCAAGUCCAGUUCUUUUGCGUGUUCACAUUGAAGUUCAAGAUCCGCGCUUACAAUUUGGUCCACUUUUUGAUGGUAUCUAUUUUUUAAACUUUUUUAUUCGAAUUAUUGAAUUAAUUAUAGGCGCAUGUAUUCAUAUAUCCCAAGCAAGUACUCUAGUUCGUGAAACUGUGCUAAAUGCAUCACGUGCUUACCGAAAUCUUCGAGUAGAAUGUGAUCGUCCAAAUAAAUAUCGUGAGAGAGUUUUUCGUGAUACAAAAAAGAUGCUUAAACCUUUGCCAUUGUCAAAUUCAACCACAAGACUAUUUCAUGCGUCAUUUGAAUGAGUUGUAUUUUUGCUUAUUAUUUUCCCAACAAUCCCAGAUUUCUAUUUAU